AUGCUCCUAACCACUCUCCAAUUCCUCCUCCCCACAAUUCUCACCCUCCUCCAACCCUCCCACGGCCAGCCAGUCAACCAAACAGGCCAGACCCAGUCCGUCCCCUACGCCACGAUCCUCACUCACUGCACCGCCCCCGGGACCAUCGCCCUCACCUUCGACGAUGGACCCUACACCUACACCCCCGCGCUCCUGGACCUUCUCAGCGAAUACGGCGCCCGAUCCACCUUCUUCGUGAACGGCUACCGACUGACCGAAUACACCGACGUCCUGCAGCGCACCUUCAAAGAAGGCCACCAAGUCGCGUCCCACACAUACAGCCACAAGCACCUCCUCUCCCUCGACUACGCCUCGAUCGUCAACGAAAUGAGCUCUCUAGAGACCCUAUUCCGAAACGUCCUCGGGGUGGUACCAACCUACAUGCGACCCCCGUACCUGGAAGUCGACCAGAGGGUAUUGGGCGUGAUGGCGGAACUCGGAUAUCAUGUUAUCAGUGCGAGUGUGGAUACCAAGGACUAUGAGAAUAAUGAUCCGUGGUUGAUUGAUAAGAGUGUGAGGAAGUUUGUGGAUGGGGUGAAUGCAGGUGGGUCGAUUGUGUUAGCGCAUGAUACCCAUGCUCAGACGGUGUUUACCUUGGCGAGGGCGAUGUUGGAGGAGGUCACAAAGAGGGGACUAAAGGCUACGACGGUGGCCGAUUGCUUGGGGGAUCCGGUAGAGUCUUGGUAUCGUUAG